AGCAUCAAACAUCCUCACAAACAGGACAGGUGAGGCAGACAGGGUCGUUCGGAGGAUUCAGUAAAGUGGACAGAGCUAUUUUGAAGAAACAAUCAAGUUUAAAGGGUGUAGAAGCUGCAGUUGGAGAUAAAUAUAAAGUCAACAAGUGGGGUGGCAGUUUAAAUACUAAUCUCUGAUCGUUGUGGAGUGGACAUAGAUCGGACAAGAUUUGAGUCUAAAUUUCAAUUUUGGAAACAAGACACUGUUGCUUUGUCAAAUUUGAUCAAAACUCACAAAAUACAUCCAACAACCAAGGAGUUUGUUCUAGUACAGCCGACUGAAACAUCGGUGUCAAAAUGUGUUCAGGCAGCUUUGCCAAGUGUCUGGGGAUCACGCUGAUACCUCUGUCGAUUGUGUGCUUGCUGUGUAACAUCCUGCUCUUCUUCCCUGGUGGAAAACCUGCGACUAACAAAGACCAUAUCACAAACGAAGUCUGGUACUUUGGAGGUAUUCUGGGAUCUGGAAUGCUGAUGAUCUUCCCAGCUCUGGUCUUCCUGGGUCUGAAGAACAAUGACUGCUGCGGUUGCUGUGGUAACGAAAGCUGCGGACGGAGAUUUGCGAUGCUGAGUUCCAUACUGUUUGCAGCUGUGGGUGUUGUGGGGGCUGGGUACUCGGUAAUAGUUUCUGCAGUGGCCAUAAACCACGGACCUAUAUGUAAGAAUAAUGUUGGAGGCAACAUAACGUGGGACAAUCCCUUCUUAGGAAGUGAAUACCUGUCCAACACAACUAGCUGGACGGUUUGUUUGGAGCCGGAAAAUGCGGUGUCCUGGCAUCUCGGUCUAUUCUCUGUGCUGCUGGUCAUGGGUUUGAUCCAGGUGGCACUGUGUGCUGUGCAGGUGGUGAACGGUCUGCUUGGAUGUCUGUGUGGGGAUUGCUGUGGCUGCUGUGGAGGGAGCGAUGGAGCCGUCUGAGCACUUCCUGCCUGAAGAUGGCUGUUUCCUGUAUUCAUUUUGAGGAUCAAAGUGCUGUCUUGCUUUGUUCCAUAGCUAUAAUUUUUUGCAUAAGAGCUCAUUGAUUACAUUGUGUGUACUAACAACAUUGGUGAAAUGACAGAGCUCUAAUUUACUCUAUAUGCGGAAUACACUGAUUUUCCUCUGCUCUGUUGUAUUAUUAACUUUUGGCUAUUCAGCUAAAACAGAAAGUAAAUAUCCUAUUUUAGUAUGAAAAACUGAUGAGAGCAUUUAUGUUCUGCUUUUUAUGUUGUUUUUGUUUGUGUCCAGUCAAACUUAUACAAAAAUGGCAACCUGUUUAAAUAUAUUUCCAUUGAGAUAUUUCUGUUGCAAGUCUGCCCCCUUCUGGGCAUUUUAGUGUUGUAAGCCUGAGUCUUAUGGGGGUUAAAAGGUCAUAGAGAUGGACCUACAUGUAUCUACGCCAUCAAUAAACUCAUACAUCUUG